CGACUUGCAUGGAAAGAAGAUCCUGGUCCUUGGGGCCCACGGGUCUUUGGAAGCUGCCUUGCAGUGCCUGUUCCAGAGAAAAGGCUCCAUGACCAUGAGCUCCCGGUGGGACACGCCGCAGCUCCAAAGCAAGCUUCAAGAGGCUGACAUUGUGGUCCUAGGCUCAGCCAAGCCGGAGGAGGUUCCCCUUUCCUGGAUACAACCAGAAACCAUUGUUCUCAACUGUUCACAUGACUUCCUCUCAGGGAAGCUUGGAUGUGGUGUUCCUGGGGUAAAUUUUAGUGGUCUCUUUGCAGAAGAUGAUGUGAGUCUUCUUGCUGCAGCUCUGCGGAUUCAGAAUAUGGUCAGUAGCGGCCGGAGGUGGCUUCGGGAACAGCAACACUCCAGGUGGAGACUGCACUGCCUGAAGCUUCAGCCUCUGUCCCCUGUUCCGAGCGAUAUCGAGAUUUCUAGAGCACAGACCCCCAAAGCCGUGGAAGUCCUUGCCAAGGAGAUAGGAUUGCUCGCAGAGGAAAUUGAAAUCUAUGGCAAGAGCAAAGCCAAAGUGCGUUUGUCCCUCCUCGAGAGGUUAAGGGAUCAAGCAGAUGGGAAAUACGUCAUCGUGGCCGGGAUCACCCCCACGCCCCUCGGGGAAGGGAAGAGCACGGUCACCGUGGGGCUCGUGCAGGCGCUGACCGCGCACCUCAACAUCAACUCCUUCGCCUGCCUGCGGCAGCCUUCCCAAGGGCCGACUUUCGGAGUGAAAGGAGGAGCUGCGGGCGGCGGGUAUGCUCAGGUCAUCCCCAUGGAGGAGUUCAACCUUCAUCUGACUGGGGACAUCCAUGCCAUCACCGCUGCCAAUAACUUGCUGGCUGCUGCUAUCGAUACAAGGAUUUUCCACGAAAGCACCCAGACAGAUAAGGCUCUCUAUAAUCGACUGGUUCCUUCUGUGAAUGGUGUUCGAGAAUUUUCAGAAAUUCAGCUUGCUCGCCUGAAAAAACUGGGAAUUAAAAAGACUGAUCCGAGCUCACUGACAGAAGAGGAAAUCAGUAAAUUCUCGCGGCUCAACAUCGACCCGUCCACCAUCACCUGGCAGAGAGUACUGGAUACAAAUGACCGAUUUCUACGGAAAAUGACAAUUGGGCAGGCUGACUCCGAGAAAGGGCACUGCCGAGAGGCACAGUUUGACAUUGCAGUGGCCAGUGAGAUCAUGGCGGUGCUGGCCCUGACCGACAGCCUUGCAGACAUGAAGGAGCGGCUGGGGAGAAUGGUAGUGGCCAGUGACAAAAAUGGGCAGCCCGUGACAGCAGAAGAUUUGGGGGUGACAGGUGCUUUGACAGUUUUGAUGAAAGAUGCAAUAAAACCAAAUCUGAUGCAGACCCUGGAAGGGACGCCCGUGUUCGUGCAUGCCGGCCCCUUCGCCAACAUCGCCCAUGGCAACUCCUCCGUGCUGGCUGACAAAAUUGCCUUAAAAUUGGUUGGUGAAGAAGGAUUUGUAGUCACUGAAGCCGGUUUUGGUGCCGACAUUGGAAUGGAGAAGUUCUUCAACAUCAAGUGCCGGACUUCUGGGCUGGUGCCCAACGUCGUGGUGCUGGUGGCCACGGUCCGAGCCCUUAAGAUGCACGGAGGUGGACCAAAUGUAACUGCUGGCGUCCCUCUUAAGAAAGAAUAUACCGAGGAGAACAUCCCACUGGUGGCAGACGGCUGCUGUAACCUCCAGAAGCAAAUCCAGAUCGCCCAGCUCUUUGGGGUUCCCGUGGUAGUGGCCAUAAACGUCUUCAAGACGGACACCCGGGCCGAGAUCGACUUGGUGUGUGAGCUGGCCAAGCGGGCAGGCGCCUUCGACGCCGUCCCCUGUUACCACUGGUCCAAGGGCGGGAAGGGGUCAGUGGACCUGGCGUGGGCCGUGAGAGAAGCCGCGAACAAAGGCAAUCGUUUCCAGUUCCUGUACGACGUGGAGCUUCCAAUUGUGGAAAAGAUACGAACCAUUGCCCAGACCGUCUAUGGAGCCAAAGACAUCGAGCUCUCUCCCCAGGCACAAUCCAAAAUAGAUCGCUACACACAGCAGGGUUUUGGAAACUUGCCCAUCUGCAUGGCAAAGACCCACCUGUCUCUCUCUCACGAGCCUGACAAGAAAGGUGUGCCCCGGGAUUUCAUUUUACCCAUCAGCGACGUCCGGGCCAGCAUCGGCGCCGGCUUCAUCUACCCUUUGGUUGGAACGAUGAGCACCAUGCCAGGCCUGCCCACUCGGCCCUGCUUUUACGACAUAGAUCUGGAUACCGAAACGGAGCAAAUUAAAGGCUUGUUCUGAAGGAAGAAGAUUUUCACAGGACCCCACUCAGAGAAGUCAGCGACUGGCUCAGAUUAUCCUGCUCAUGAGAACAGAAGCCACGACCCAGCCAGCUCUGCUCACCCAGGCGCCCCCGUUCUCACUCCAGUCACAGGGUAACGAAGCUUCUGGAAGACACCAGCUAUUUGCACAAAACUGCAAUUUGCAGUGCACGGCCAUUUCUUUUUGAUAUCAAAAGAUAAUUAUUUGGCUGUGGGACGUGGUGGCUUUGUCAAAAUUCAGACAGACCGGAGUAGGUCUGCCUCUGAACUCUUCAUUGACUGGCGCUUUCCCACCCUUUGACACAAGACAUCUUCUUUGUAAACUGCUCAGUGCUGUUCUGGGCUGGCCGGGCAGUGGUUCAGAACCCUCCCUAGACCCUGUUUGAGCAAGUGGAGAAGGAGCCGGUGUGUUCAGCUCAGGCCUCUGCAGAACGGCCCUUCCCCCUGGGGUGAUCACCUUGCGAACAUUCCUGAGCUUCCCUGGACCACUCCUAAGAAUCAGAGUUCUGUGGCUGCUAACUGAGCAUCAUCCAAGGCCGUCUACUGGGACGCACUGGGGCACCGGGAGAGGAAACCCCUGGCCUCCGUGGCGGCCCUGGGACACUGCAGAGCGUUAUGCUGGAGGAAGCCUGUGCAGGCUGGUGAUGCCCACUUCAGCCCCCUUGGCUCUCCUGCUGACUUCACCCUCUAGGAAAUUGGAUGCGUCUUAUGCGAACCUGAGAGGCCAAGAAGUCACCGGAAUGGGAGCUCCUGCUCCUCCUCCCCAGGGCUGCCCUGCUGUGCGUUCACUAUUGUUAGAAUAAGCGCCUGACUCAGGCCUUUGGACUUCACCAAACAGGAGUAAUUUAAACAGGUUGUUUGUCCCUAUGAAACUGAUCCUGCCAUACAACUAUGAUUCCUUUGUUUAAAGAUGAUUGCAUUUCGGGGGUUGGUUUUUUCCUUUUUCUCCACCCUUUUUGUGUCUCCUUCGGGACCUUCAUCAUAUUUCUGAGCCCUGGCAAGAUUCACAUGAACACAGUGAAGUCGGGCAGACUCCUCAAAGCAGAAGUGUACUCUCUUACACUUUUCUGAUGUGCAAAAGUUAUGUUCGUUAUCGAAUCUCAUUGACUCUGGUCCUCCCAUGUUAGUUUUUUGUACCAAAGAAGGAGUAUUACCCCAGCUCAUUUCUCCCCUAAACUGCCUGCAGAGCAAAAUUUAAUAAUAACAUAAAUUUAUCCUGGAUGCUGCUGGCAGCCCGUCUGUGGACAGAAACCCCGAGUAGCAAAGCGCAGGGUUUCCUGGUUCAAGGAGCAGCUGACAGAUUUUUCAUCGCCUUUAUGUUUCUAGAGAAAAGUCCUCAGCUCAUCACUGCACAGGCCCUUGCUUUAGAGCACCCGCCUCGUCGUUUCCCCGUCCCAGGGAGGGUCGAAGUAGGCUGGAAGCCCAGGCUACUUCAAUCAAAGGUGGUGGUAGGUAAAUGUGGGGGUGACCUCAUGAACAUCUCAGAGCCCGUGCCAAUGAAAUGUGUGACUAAAUGGAAUUGGAGGCACACGGCGCAAAAUCUUCGUUCCCUUUCGAAGAAACCUGUCCUGGGUACUUUCUCACCUGGGCUACUGGUGUCUUAAAUGUACAAAUCAGACUGUUUUCUUGCCAGCCGUUUAAGGUUUUGGGUUUUUUUGUUGUUGUUUUUAAGAUUUUUUUACUUAUUCAUAC